AUGACAUUUUGUAUUGUUUUGUUCCCUCCUGCCCUUAACAGUAUAAUUGGGGAAGCUGUGAAGGCACAAUCGGUGCAGAAUUUCUGUAUGGCUUUGGAACCCUUGCUUCGAAGAGUGGUUAAAGAGGAGGUGGAGCAUGCACUAUUUCAAGGUGCCCAAGCACUUCAGAGAUCUCCUCAAAUGCAAGUCCAAGUAGCAGAAUCAUCAUCAAGCUUCAAGCUUAUUUUCAAUAAACCACUUUCACUCCCAAUCUUCACAGGGAGCAAGAUAGAAGAUGAAGAUAAUAAUCCACUCCAAAUCCUCCUCAUAGACACAAAAAAUGGGAAAAGGCCCCUCAACCCACUACCAUCAUCCAUGAAAGUAGAAAUAGUGGUCCUUGACGGAGAUUUUCCUUCGGAGUAUCAUGAGGAUUGGACCAGUGAAGAGUUCAAGAACAGCAUCAUUAGAGAAAGAUCAGGGAAAAGACCAUUGCUUAUCGGGGAUGUUCUCGUCAACUUAAGAGAUGGGAUUGCUUCCAUUGGAGAACUUGCUUUCACGGAUAAUUCAAGCUGGAUAAGGAGCAGAAACUUCAGACUUGGUGCCAGAAUUGUGCUGGGGAGUAAGGAAGGACCAAGGAUUAAAGAAGCAAUGACAGAACCUUUUGUCGUCAAAGAUCAUCGAGGAGAACUGUACAGAAAGCACCACCCACCAACUCUUGGAGAUGAGGUUUGGCGACUGGAGAAGAUAGGGAAGGAUGGGGCCUUUCAUAGGAGGCUAGCUUCCAAGGGCAUCAACACGGUCCAAGACUUGUUGAAGUUAUGGUCUUUGGAUCCUCAUCACCUCCGACAGACGCUCGGAAUGGGGAUGUCGGAUCGAAUGUGGGAAGUAACAAUCAAUCAUGCGAGGACUUGCGACAUCGGUGACAGGCAAUACUUGUUUCGCGCGUCUAAUUGCGCUGUUCUAUUGAACCCCAUAUGCCAAGUCAUGGGGGCUGUUUUUGAUGGAUUAACAUGCUGGCCAAACCAGUUUACUCAUAUGCAGAAAAGUUAUGUAGAACAGCUGGUCUUAGAAGCAUACAGGCACUGGGAUAGGGUGGAAGAGUUGUCUGCAGAUGAGCCAGCCCAGCAAGUUGUUAUGGGGUCCUCCAGGUAUUCAGGUCAUCAAGAGAGCAUGCGACCAGACUACAAAAAUUUGGAAUUCAAUCAAGUAGGAGGUCUUGUGAACAAUCCUCAAGUGGAAGCAAGUUGCUGGCUGCAAACAACAACAGAAAUUCGACAGCCAACAGUUCAACAAGGCGAUGCCUGCGAUAUGUCAGACUUGUCAUCAGACACAACUCUGUCUUAG